GCCACCAUCGACACUAUCCUUUUUUCGCGUGUUCUCAGCGUUACAGGAUGGCACCGAGGUACGAGUUGGCCGUCGGCCUCAAUAAGGGUCAUAAAACGACCAAAAUUCGCGUGGCAAAGAACAAGACCGAAAAGGAUAAGACUGUUGCUCUUAGGCCCGCUAGGUUGAAAGGGCGCCAAACAAAACAUAGUAAAUUUAUACGUGAUUUAAUCCGUGAAGUCACUGGUCAUGCUCCAUACGAAAAGAGGGCAAUGGAAUUAUUAAAAGUAUCGAAAGAUAAGCGUGCUUUGAAAUUCUUGAAAAGGAGGUUGGGAACUCACAUUCGUGCCAAGAGGAAGCGUGAGGAGCUUGGUAACAUCUUGGUUCAAAUGAGAAAGGCUGCAACACACCAUUAAAUGCCGUCUCAUUUAUAAGAGUUAUAUUACAUCUGAUCAAUAAAGACAAUUUUGACAUAGGAA